AUGGCCCAGUCUUUGGUCCCGCGUGACGGGGGAGAUUUCAAGGCUGCCCUUGCCACUUUAGCUACCAACUUUAGUCUCUCAUCUGAAGUCACAAAGCGCAUUGAAUCCGAGGGAGUGACCCAUUUGGAAGAGUUGCGUUUUCUGUUUGACAAUGAAGAGCAUGUUGGUCGCUGGAUUGCUAAGUUAAACUUAGGUGACGCCACUAUCAUUCAAACAGCCCGCAUGCGUCGAGCAUGGCAAGCAGUGCGCCUUUACUUUACCCAAGCCGAGCAGGACAGGUCCAAAGUUAUGCUUGCUGACCUUGACUCGCUGUUGGAAGACGGGGAGCUUCGGAAUGUCAAGCAAUCCUUUUGGAGGCGGGUAUCACGUGAGAUCGCCAAGCGCAUGUUGUGCGUGUACCCCAUCGGGAAGGUACGUAAUCUGCAGUUCCAGCUCACCACCGUGCAGAAGAAGCGCAAGCUGGGAGACAACCUCUGGACCGAGGAGGUGGAGACAGAAGACAUGGGAGUGCAUGACGAGAACACCUACCUCGACAAGUUGCACACACUUCUGUUGGCAUAUGCCAUGGCCGGAGUUGAGGCACUGCCGGGCGUGGACCUAACCAAGGAGUCGACCUUGGGUGCAGCGUCGGUUGAAUUUGUGGGAGUGCCUCUGGACACGGUGCUGGCAUAUUACUACCGAGCGAAGAGGUGCACUUUGUCUUUGCCGCCAAGCCGUCGGCUGGCGUGGUUGCAGGCCAAAGAUACCGAAGAGCGCAGCGAGUGGGUUACAAGAUUCCACGAAAGCACAGACUCUCUGGGGUUGGUCAUCAAGCAAGUCAUGGAGGCGAGGGACGCCCAUUGGACUGUGUCCAAUCCAACCCCGGGCCAUAUAGUCCCGGAGCAGCCCGGGACAAGCACGGCGAACAAGGAGCAGCUGGUGAGCCCAGGCCAGUCCAAGUUUCGCGAAGGACCUACAGUGGCAGGGAAGAAGACAGCAGCCGUCUUGAAAGACGGAACGCGCCUAUGCCCUGAGUUCCAGCGUGGAGCAUGCAAAGCAGCAGCGGGCAAGUGCAGCAAAGGAGCCCACAGGAAAGCAGCGGACGGCCAGCCAGUGGCAGUGGACCUUAUGUGCGGUGGCAAUGCACCGUUGACGAAGGCACUGUUAUAUUGUGGCUGGAAGUGUGCCCCAGUGGAUUUGGUGCUCGACCCUGGCCACGAUCUGGCGUCGGCUGAAUGCCAGCCUUUGGUACAGCAAGCAGUGGAUCAGGCAUGCCUGGUUUUGGCAGCCAUCGACUGCAGCACGAAGUCUAGAGUGAGGGAGAUUCCUCGAGACACAGGGACACAGUCAGGAGCGCCGAGACCGCUCCGGAGCGAAGAACAUCCCAUGGGGCUUCCAGGGCUGGACAUUCGGGCACAGCGCAGAGUGUCCCGAGACAACGUGGCCUGUAAGUUUGUCCUGGACUUGCAGCAGCAGGUGGUGGACCGCGGGGGGGGAGCCUUGCGCGAGAACCCUCGCAACAGCUUGCAGUGGCAUUUGCCGCAAGAGAAAGCGAUGUCAGCGUCGGGACAAUGGUUCGACACCGACUACCACGCAUGUUGCUUCAUGGGGGCACGUCGCAAGGCGCAGCGCCUGCGGCACAAUAUCUGGGAGUUGACCCAGGGGCCGACGCUGCGGUGCCACCAUACCCACGAUCCAGCGGAAUGGGAACCGUGGGCAGUUGGAGACCAAAUCGUCUUUCCCGCAGCGUUGGAGGCCGAGUACACAGCCCCUUUGGCGUUCCACAUCGCAGUCUCAGCAAGCUGGUGGGCGUGCAGAACCGGCUGGGCCAAGCUCCAUGUGCCCCGCGGGCCAGCGGUGCAGACAGUUGGCCGUCGGGAACAUUGGCUACAGUUGGAUCCACGAGCACUGCGCGAGUGGGCUAUGGCGCUGCUGGCUAUUUCCCUGGGCCUCAGGCCACUCGACCCGGGGGAGGCGGCGCGCGUUCCGCGCCGAGUUGAGGCUUCAACUGUGGAGUGGAUGACUGGCUCCCGCUUUUCACAGACCCACAUGCGCAGCGAACUCAGGUCUCUCGAGGGUCGAGUGUUGGCCUGCGACUGUCCCCUGUCCCAAGCCUGCGAGGCGGAUGUGCUGGCAGGCUUGGUGUUUCAGGAGGGGAAACCUCCGGAUUGUGCGCAGGAUGCGGCUGCAGGACGGCCGGGGCGCAGGCACAAGGGAUCGCGACGGAGAGUCAUCCUCGCGGCGGCAGCUGGAGCGUUGCCUACUCCAGUGGGGGCCGUCAUCCCGUACUUGCACCAAGAUGCCGUGACCGGCGCCUUCAAGUCCCUUUUCCCGCCAGACCUCCUCCAGGAUUUCCACUUCCCCGUUGUGGAGGACCUCAUCAACAGUCCUCCCUUCACCUCCUUUCCACAGUGGUGCCGGGCGCAGGAGCUGCCGUGGGACGGCCCUCUGCUACCACAAAUGGUCAGUGCCCAGCAAAGGCAGUGGCAGCGGAAUGCUGAGGGCCAGCAAGCAGGUGGGAUGGCGCAUAAAGCCGCCCUGCCUCCAGUCCUGCCUUUUGGGCUGCACCCUGACGAGCAUUUCGAUCUGGCCAGGGACCUAGCCCACUACCCUACCCCUUUCGAAGCCGAACCCGUUCUUGAUCUCGACCUGCAAUAUGCUGCGGAGGUGACCGCAGCGGGGAGAGGGACUCUCCAGCGGUCGCGGCGGGUUGCCGUGGGGGCGCUUAGGGAGCUAAAGCGCAGGUGGGCAGGGGUAGACACCUGUCUGCGGCAGGGGCAGGAGCCAGGUGUCCGGCGUGUGACAGCCAGACGGGAUGUCGGCUUUCUCGCCCUACUGUUGCUCCUGGUGUCGUGGGGGGACGUGUCGUUGCCCCAAGCUUUCAUCGAAGGCAUGUCAGCCGUGGGAACGGCCCCCUAUUACGGAGUUUUCCCGUGGCAGGGUGCUAGGCAGAUAGGCCGAGACGAAAUCUUUCAGGAUGUGGGAGCCCAGAACAGCCGCAUCCAAGCCAGUUUAAGACCAGGAAAAGACGACGCUUUCCUCCUAGCCCAGAGCUUGAAGGAUGCUCAAAACGGCUUCUGCUCAAAGCCACUGCAAUACCCAGAGCUAUUGAGAGCUGUCAAGGGAGAGAAGUUCCGUCUAAUCCCCAGAUGUGUAAUUACGCAAAGUAGUGGCAAACAGCGAGUGAUCGACAACGCCGAUACCGGAGGCCAGUCAGAGCUUAGCUCAGACCCCAACAAGUUGGUCCUUUGCUCCCCGUUGAGGCCAGCUCAGCAUGCGGCCGUUCUGUUGCGGCAGUUGUCUACCUCCGAGUUCGAGGAAGCCCAGCGAGUGGAUGCGCUGGAAGGCGGGGGUGAGGACUGGCCCGACGCUUAUCGCCACUGCCCCAUGUCCCAUCGGGCGAGUUUGGCGUGCGUUGUGGUGUGGUGGCAUCAGGAAUGGUGCCAGCCAGCAUACCAGCUCUACUCUGGAUUGCUGUUUGGCCUCCCGUUGGCUGUCACGAGUUUCAAUCGCUACAGCCGUGCCGUCGAGGCACUGGGGCGCAGAUUACUCGGAAUCCUCGUCUCCCUGUAUUUCGACGACUCACACUUGACAGACUGGCGGUCGUCUAAAGGGUCAGGGCAAGCAGCCUUUUCCGAGCUCAACACCAUGUUGGGUUCCCCCUUUGCACCAGAUAAAAGGCAAGCAAUGGCUUCAGCAGGUACCUUUUUAGGCCUCGAUUUUGACUUUUCCGAGGCAUUGAGAAGUGGGCAUGUCAAGUUCUUCGUUCGUGAGCGUCUGCUACAGAAGGUGCAGGAUAUGGUGACCACUAGCCUUUCGACCGGGUUGCUCUCUGCAGGCCAGGCAUCCAAGCUGUAUGGUACGUGCAACUUCUUGGAGCAGGGCAUGUACGGAAGAGUAGGAGCCGGAGGCCUGCACUCUAUCCGCGAGAGAGCGGAUGAAACAAGUCGGGAGUUGACCCCGCCAAUCCGGGCCAGUCUGCAGAUGAUCUUAGCAGUGCUGGCCGUGCGACCGGAGCGUGAAUUCGAGCUUUUCCCUCGACCACUUCCAAGAUUUCUUGCUGCGAGUGACGCAGCCGAAGACAUACCUGGACAAGGGACGGGAGGCUUCCACAUAGUUUGGUUGGAUGAGCCGGAGAAGCGGGAGAGCUUUGCGGCUGUGGUCAACUCAGAGCUCUAUGCCCUGUUCACGCCAGGUGAGCAUAAGAUCGCUCAGUUGGAAUUGGCAAUGGUUUUCUACGGGCUGGUAGUGCGUGCUGAAUCCUUCAGGGGAAGGCGCGGCUACUGGUAUAUUGACAACGUGGCAGCACUUAUGGCGCUCAUCCGAGGCCGUUCCAGCUCGCCGGACCUUGAACGCCUAGCCCACCUCAUACAUGUGGCCUUGUUUACUCUUCAAACAUCCAUUUUCUGGGAAUAUGUGCCAUCCAAAAGUAACUGGGCGGACGCGGUGAGCCGUGUAGGACUCUGCGCGUUAGCGGUGAAGGAGAAGCAGGGAGGUGUUCCUCUGCAUCCAAGCAACAAGUGUUGUUGCAUCACCCACCUUUGGCCCCGGUGCCACGGAGCGAUUUACCAAAGCACUAUCCCGGAGUUGAACCGGGUUGCACAGGUGGAGACUGCAACGGAGUGCGAGGUGUUUGGAAAAGAGACCGAGGGCUCUGCAGGGCAGCAGCUGUUGAUUUUGCCCACCCACCCGCCCUGUUCGGACUCGGCCUCCGGUGGAGCGUUAGCGGUGAAGGAGAAGCAGGGAGGUGUUCCUCUGCAUCCAAGCAACAAGUGUUGUUGCAUCACCCACCCUUGGCCCCGGUGCCACGGAGCGAUUUACCAAAGCACUAUCCCGGAGUUGAACCGGGUUGCACAGGUGGAGACUGCAACGGAGUGCGAGGCCUUCUACCGAGCUUUGGCAGCAGGUCGCCAGGUUUUCUCUUCAUUUGAGUACGCGCGGGAGAGUGUCGCUUGUGCGCCGCAGGCGGGUCUGCGUGCGGAAGCAGCGAAGUUCUUGCUGUUGCCAAGGCAAGAGGAUGUACUCCGCUUCCCUGGUCUGUCCGUGGCCCCCAUGGCACGGCACUACGGCGCCACCCUGCACCUUCUGACAACCCGGGUUUUGGAUGGCCGGCAAGUGGGCAAUGCGAUCUCGGCGCUCCAGUGGAUGGGCGCCGGAGGGGGCGAGUCGUCCAAGAGCGUGCUGCCAGGACGUCAUCAACACUUCCUAGGGCGGGCACAAGAGAUGGUGGAGAUGGCGAGGCACCUCAGCCGUGGCGGCGAGCGGCACGCUCGCGUCGUCAACGUCUGGGGCAAGGCUCCGGGGCUUGGCAAGACUGCGAUGCUGGCGGAGUUCACCCGCUUCUGCAACUAUCCAGGUCGGCUCUUCGAAGGUGCUUCCAUCUGGGUUACGCUGGAGUCGCCGACGGAGACGCUGUCAGGACCUCUGACCCUGGAGCGGGCCACUAGUGGGGCAUCGAACUCGGAGCGUGGGCACCUCUUCCUGGAGCAGGUCUCCGCAGCUGUGACGAACUUCAUGGAGCAAGUCUAUGGGCGGAAGUCACACUUCGAGAACUUGCGUGAGGCGCUUCUGUGGGCCCUGAGAAGGUUAGACUGCCAGGGUCGAACGCUUCUGGUGCUCGAUGGCAUCGAGGAUUGGGUGGACAGCUCCGCCGUCAGGGCGCUCCUGGCGGACAUGCUGCAAGCCACGGAGCGGCUCUGCCUCCUCUUUGGCAGUCGCAUCCACGUGCAGAACUCCUUCGCCGGCUUGAAGACGGACAACCUCGAGCUGCGGCCCCUGCAGCCGCGCGACGCCGCGCAGCUCUUCCUCUUCCGAGUGCACCGCCAUCUCUACUGGAAGGAUAUAUGGAAGAACAAGGAGGUGUGGAUGAGCAAAGCCAAGAAUUGGUACGGGGACGAGGUCUACAGCAAGGUUGCGGACCGGUCGCAGCUGGAAACUGGCGAAGUUCCCAUCGCCCUUCAGCGCGAGAACCGGGAUGAGGCAAAGUUGGGGUACAAAGCGGGGUUUUGGUGA